AUGGCCCCAAGCAGAAAGCCCUUUUAUUUUGGUUUGGCUUUGUUCUUCAUUUUAGCUCAACUGCUAUCAGGAUGCUUAGCAGGACUUGAACAUUCCCAGUCAUUUCCAGGAGGUGAGUUUGCUGUGUGCGAGACAUGCAGGCUCGGUCGGGGCAAAUGCAGGAAGGAGUGCAAGCAAGAUGAGAAGAUUGCAGGAAAUUGUAAGCUGAACUUUUUCUGCUGCCGGCUGAAGGUUUAUGAAUGA